AUGGACAUACCAGAUGAUGUAGGUAUACUUGACUUAAACCCACCUUUUUAGAUCCCAGCAGUUUUGUGGAAGACCCCGAGAUUCUUCAGUCAAUCCUGGCUAUGUGGCAGAAACAAACCAUCGGCCGCUUGCACCAUAAUCUCGCUUCUUAUGGCCGAAAACAUGUAUCGACAGCAAGUUCUACUGCCUACAGUCAAAGAGAAUGCCAAAAUGGUGCAUGUUGAUGUCCACGAGACUGGGGGAACGACAAGUUUUGUAGGUUUUCGUGCGUUAGUUCAUAUUUUAUGUUUUUGUUGUUGUGAAUACUUUUAAAAGCAAUUUUAAGUUUUAAAAUGAAAAUGUAUAACAACAUGUAUAAUGUAAAAUAGCAAUCAAGGCUACCUAUGUACCAUUACAUUUUCAGGAAUGUCCAAAACGAUUGCUAAACGCCUUGUCCAACGCCAUCAUUGAUGGUAACAACAUCUACGAGCGGACUCACAAAACCCACAGCCAAAACAAACACACCUUCACGAUACCAGAAGCCAUCCGAGCUACGAAUGGCAUCUGGAGAGAAGUGACCUUUUCGCGUGGAAAUGGACCUUUCAAUGUUAACGUAGCUAGCUACUUGGAAAGGGCGAUCAACAGGUAGCAUACUUUCGAAGUUUUGCGUUCUACAAGAUGGUGAUUGAAAAUGUGCAACAUCUGUAACUUCUGUUUAUUUAAAAAUUGCAGUAACAAGAAAAAAAUGCAUUUCAGUCCAUUAACGACACAGCUAGACCAAAUGUUCUUCCUAAUUUUACUGUUCGAGCGGUGUGUACUAGUCGUUUAUCAACGAUGUAACCAUACUAUUGGGAUUAUUGAUUCACAUACUCAUUUUGAACGGGGUAAGGAUUAAAAUUUACAUUACUGCAUAUUUUAUUGCAGUAACAUAAGUAAUUCAUAGUAUAUUACUGCAUAGUAAUCCUAGUGAUUAACUACAUGUAAUAAGUUAACAACUAGUGAUUAUUUACAUGUCAUAAAGUACAACUUAUCUUUGUUAUUAUAGGGUCGUUGAUUGCUUGCACAAGCGCUGACAAACUAGCGGAAUUCGGAACACUACUAGCAAGAACUUUCUUUCCAGAAUCCUGUGUAAUACCUGAUUCUAUUCAAGUAAGUUUAAAAGGUAUUUUAAAGCCAUGGACUCAUUCAAAACGUCAUUUUUCUGUUACUUUGCGUACUUAUUGUACUGCUACCUAAUGGUACAAUUACCCUACCCUAACAAAGAUAACAAUAUCAUUCUCUUUUUCAGGAAUUUGAAGUGUCACUGAUCCAGUUCACUGGCCCAAUGCAUCCGACUGACUGCCAACAACAACCUCAGCCUUUAAUUUUGGUCGACGACAAGAAAAGCCAAAUCUUUCCACCAGCUGUCAAGAUGAAAAAGCACAAAACUGCGGUAGCUCCGUAUACGGUAGCCCGAGAAACCCUCAACAUACACUACCACGUUAUACGAGAAGUGUUGUCGCCAACUUUAAUAGUGCCCGACAUGUCUUCUACUGAUCUUGAGUAA